CUAAGCAGUUUCCUACAGAACACGCUCAAGAGUAACCAGGUGGAGAUAAACACUGACAGCCGGACAUUGCGACCCAUCGCCAAGCUCCGGGAGCCUCGAGAACUGUAGUACAAUCAUAUGUUCGCAGGUUCCUAUCUAAGCAGUUUCCUACAGAACACGCUCAAGAGUAACCAGGUGGAGAUAAACACUGACAGCCGGACAUUGCGACCCAUCGCCUAGCUCCGGGAGCCUCGAGAACUGUAGUACAAUCAUAUGUUCGCAGGUUCCUAUCUAAGCAGUUUCCUACAGAACACGCUCAAGAGUAACCAGGUGGAGAUAAACACUGACAGCCGGACAUUGCGACCCAUCGCCAAGCUCCGGGAGCCUCGAGAACUAUUCGCCCUGCCCAAGGAACUCGACUGCCCUCAGCAGGCUGCACGGUGGCCCGCAGAGUGCCAGGUGUUAGAAGAAAGAAUACAACACAUAGAAUACUUGCCUCCAAUGCCAGAACAGUAUUACCAACCUUCUGGAAGAGAAAUCCAACCCAAGCCUGUGGGAGAAGAAGCUGGCACCAUUGUCUUCCAAUACUAUCCUAUGAGCGCUGUCAAUUAUUUUAGUCGUUCCAGUGUAGGCGGGAGCAGGUUUUUCCUCCCGUCUAUGUCAGACAAAGAAGACGACCUCAGGUUCGAGUCGAGGUUCGAGUCUGGGAAUUUGGCGAAGGCUGUGAAGAUCACUGACACGUACUACGAGCUCUCUCUGCGGACCGAUCUCUACACCAACAGACACAUGCAGUGGUUCUACUUCAGGGUCGAGAACACCAGGCGGAGAUUGCUUUACAGAUUUUCCAUAGUGAACCUGACCAAAGCUGAGAGCUUGUACUGUGCGGGUAUGAAGCCGCUGUUGUACUCCAACAAAGACGCUCUGGUGAACGGCAUCGGCUGGCGAAGAUGUGGCGAGAACAUCACUUACUUCAAGAAUGAACCCCAGAAUGGAGAAGAAGACCAGUACCCGAGCUUCACUCUGUCGUUCAACUUGGAGUUUCCACACGACAAUGACACGGUGUAUCUCGCACAGUGCUACCCAUACACCUACACAGACCUUCAAGACUACCUAAUCAAACUGCAGAACCACCCAGUGAAGUCUGAGUACAGCAAGCUGAGACUACUGUGCCGUUCGCUGGCAGGAAACAACGUCUACUACCUCACCAUCACUGCCCCUUCUCCCAUCGACGAACCAAAGAAGAAGAGAGCGAUCGUGAUCACGGGCCGAGUUCACCCAGGGGAGACCCCUUCCUCCUGGAUGAUGAAGGGAUUCAUGGAUUUUUUAACGGGUGACACGCAUCAAGCCAGGGAACUGAGGGAGAAGUUUAUAUUCAAACUAGUGCCAAUGCUCAACCCAGACGGAGUCAUAGUGGGUAACAACAGGUGCUCUCUGACUGGCCGAGACCUCAAUCGCCAGUAUCGGACAGUCAUCAGGGAGACCUACCCACCCGUCUGGCACACCAAGCUCAUGAUUAGAAGACUGAUGGAGGAAUGUGGGAUCGCAAUGUACUGUGAUCUUCACGCCCACUCUCGUAAACACAAUGUUUUCAUUUAUGGCUGUGAGAAUAAACGAUACGCCGACAAACGACUGCACGAACAAGUCUUCCCGCUCAUGUUACACAAAAACGCUGCAGACAAAUUUUCCUUCGAGAACUGCAAGUUCCGUAUCCAGCGCAGUAAGGAGGGCACGGGCCGCGUGGUGGUGUGGAUGAUGGGUGUGGCUAACAGUUACACGAUGGAGGCAUCGUUUGGCGGCUCCACGCUCGGAGGUCGCAACGAGACACACUUCACCACGCAAGACUACGAGGCCAUGGGCCGCUCCUUCUGCGAGACCCUGCUCGACUUCUGUGACGAAGAUCCAAGCAAGAAAUGUGAUCCUAGGAGCGUCUGCGAACAAAGAUUAUCGAUCGGCUCAACAAGGAAGGAUCAAGUGCUGACGAACCUACGAAUAUUGUCCUGUCCGACUAUUCAAGUGAUGAAGGUGACACGAGCAGUUGCAGUGACGAUGACCAGACGCCAGGGGUGGGGAUGGACCGAGACUGCUGCUUCACCCCCAGUGUGCCUCCUCCCUCACCAGUCCUGCCUCACCACCGGUCUGCAAAGUCUAAACCGUGAAUACCCUCUGGAUGGUUCCAAACUGAUGAGAUCUGCUAUUUCCCUCUCACCACCAGUUGCCAGGAAAAUAUUACAGAUACCCAGAGCUAACCUAGACCUGCUAGACCCAGGGGGGAGUGAUGUGUUUGACGGUACCACAGAGCAAGACUCCGGAGACGAUAGUCCGACUUGUAGGCGCAGGAACAAAACUGUGGACGGCACCAGUAAGGGUUCUCACAAGUGUUGUGAAAAAAUCAGUAUGCCCCCAGAGCUGAUAGUGACCCCAGCUCAGGUUUAUGAACAACAGUCUUUCAGUGAUGCCGGUGAGAAAAGUUCCAGUAAAGAUACAAGUAAAGGGAAACAUGAAGAUUCUCCGAGUCUGCCGAGGAAAGGAGACAACUCCUGGAGUCCUGAGAGAGCCCGUGUUCAUCAGCCACAGAAAACUCCAUUAGCACUGAGGUGUGAGUUGAGUCACGAAAUCCAGACGAGGCUUUCACUCCAGCCGAGUAUCACCCUCCAGCAGACUGUCUGGACAGAUGCGUGGACUACUGCACCGACUGCACCAAGAACGUACCUCUGUCCUGGGGCAGAGUUCACACCUCCAACGAUUCAUUUGCUCAGGUCAUGUUCACAAAAAUUAUCGAAUCUGAAAAAGAUCAAACAAGUGAAAAAGGACAAAAACGACAAUCAGGCAGAAAGCAAAACCAAGUUACAGAGGACUGGAGAAGAAGAUGACAGCACACCCCCCUCGCUCAACAAACAGGAAAAAAGUUAAACUAAAAGCAACAAAAAAGAUGAAGAAAAUUGGGGAGCCUAUUUCGGAGUUAAUAAUGAAGACAACAGAAGAGACUAAGGCUGAAACUAGCACAGCUGUCCUGACCCUGUCGCGGAGGAUUCCAAGAAAAUUGCAGAUGGAACAUGGUCCCGAGGCAAGAAGGCAGUGAAGCAGCCAGUGGCGAGGAGUCGGUUCCGUAAAGGGAGGCAUUGUUGCCACCGCCACCAUCCAUACAUAUGCAGAUGCUGAAAGUGACGAUAUGGAUGGCAGUUUGGGCGUCUGACAAGAAGAAGAAAAAAGAAA